AUGCCAGUCUCUUCACAGUACCCCUCGGUCAAUAUCCCCAAUAUCGACCUGUGGACAUUCCUUUUUGAGCGAAAAGAUAGGGAAUUUCCCGAUGACAAGGUUAUCUAUACGGAUGCGGACACCCGACGCUCCUAUACUUUCAACGAUGUUAAACAAUCCGCUAUCGCGUUCGGCCAGGGCCUGAAGUCUAUCUUCGACUGGCGUAAAGGCGAUGUCCUCGCUCUCUACACUCCCAACAGCAUUGAUACCCCGGCUGUCAUGUACGGCACGCUCUGGGCUGGCGGGGUCGUUUCCCCAUCCAAUCCAGCAUAUACCGUUGAGGAACUCGCGUUUCAACUGAGAGACUCCGGUGCAAAGGCCGUUGCCACCCAAUUGCCUGUUCUCUCCGUCGCGCGAGCCGCCGCGAAACAGGUCGGUAUCCCUGACGACCGCAUUAUCCUGGUUGGCGACCAGCGAGACCCCGAGGCUAGGUUCAAACACUUCACUUCCAUCCGCAACAUCUCUGGAGCCACUCGCUUCCGUCGCUCAAAGAUCAAUCCAGAAAAGGAUCUCUCGUUUCUUGUUUACAGCUCUGGUACCACCGGUGUUCCCAAAGGUGUCAUGCUCAGCCAUCGCAACAUCGUCGCCAACAGUCUUCAGCUGGCCUCAGGUGAUGGCGGCAAUCUCAAAUGGAAUGGUGGCGCAGACGGCAAGGGCGAUCGUGUGCUCGCCUUCCUUCCAUUCUUCCAUAUUUACGGCCUGACAUGUCUGGUGCACCAAACAAUUUACCAGGGGUAUGAGCUCUUUGUCAUGGCCAAGUUCGAUCUUGAGAAGUGGUGCCAGCAUGUUCAGAACUACCGUAUCACAUUCAGUUACGUGGUUCCUCCGGUCGUUCUUCUGCUGGGCAAACACCCCGUUGUUGAGAAGUACGAUCUUUCCAGCCUGCGCAUGAUGAAUUCCGGUGCUGCCCCGCUCACCCAGGAACUGGUGGAAGCCGUCUACAAGCGCCUCCGCGUCGGUAUUAAGCAGGGAUACGGUCUGAGCGAAACUAGCCCUACCACCCACACACAGCCUUGGAGCGAAUGGCGCGAAAGUGUCGGCUCAGUCGGCAAGCUCCUCCCCAACAUGGAAGCCAAAUACAUGACCAUGCCCGAGGACGGUUCAGAACCCGCCGAAGUGCCCACUGGUGAAGUCGGCGAGCUCUAUCUCCGUGGGCCCAACGUCUUCCAAGGCUACCACAACAACCCAGCCGCGACAGCGGACUCCAUAUCCCCAGAUGGGUGGUUUCGCACUGGCGAUGUCGGCUACCAAGACCCCAAGGGCGACUUCUUUAUUACCGACCGCGUUAAGGAACUCAUCAAGUACAAAGGCUUCCAGGUUGCUCCUGCUGAGCUCGAGGGUAUUCUUGUGGACAAUGAUUCGAUUGAUGAUGUCGCCGUCAUCGGCAUCGAGAGUGCCGAGCAUGGCACAGAGGUGCCUGUUGCUUUUGUAGUGCGAAGCGUGAAGAGCAAGGAUGCCGGGGUUUCGGCGGCAGAAGAAGCAACCAAUAUUGCUAAAUGGCUGGAGGGAAAGGUUGCGCACCAUAAGCGUCUGCGUGGUGGUGUGCGCUUUGUUGAUGAGAUCCCGAAGAGUGUGUCGGGGAAGAUUUUACGAAGAUUGCUCAAGAAGAAAGCGCAGGAUGAGACGGCUGCUCCGAAGGCGAAGCUGUAG